UUCCCCAUGAAUGCGUGAACAAGAUGGCAAGACAAACUUAACACAACGUUGUGCUUAAAAGCGGGACCAGCCCGCCAUUAAUGCUAUCCCUCUAUUCAUCUAUCCUUUCUUGUUGCCUCCUACCAAUCAAACACUAAAGAGCUUAGCUCCGACCUGGUCAACUCACCAUCUCCCUCUCCCUCUUUUCUCCACUAAAACAAGUUGUUGAGUUAAGAAAACAAGAGGAAGGCAGAGAAGUUUCAAAAGAGCAGCUAGGUUGGGUUCUUGAUUUAAUUUUGAUGGGGAUUUGCUUGAGUGCCCAAAUUAAAGCUGAGAGCCCAUGCAGCACAGGGUUGAGUUCAAAGAAUGUUAGCACAGAUGGGACGGAUCUGAGCAGUACGAGUAGCAAGGUCUCAUCACUUUCUGUGCCACCCACUCCUCGGAGUGAGGGUGAGAUCUUGCAAUCCUCUAAUCUGAAGAGCUUCAGUUUUUCUGAUCUCAAGAUGGCUACCAGGAAUUUCCGUCCUGAUAGUGUCCUAGGAGAAGGUGGUUUUGGUUCAGUUUUUAAGGGAUGGAUUGAUGAGCAGUCAUUUUCUGCUGCCAAGCCUGGAACUGGAAUUGUUAUUGCUGUGAAAAGGCUUAACCAAGCCGGUUUCCAAGGUCACAAGGAGUGGCUGGCAGAAGUAAAUUAUCUGGGGCAGUUCUAUCAUCCUCACCUUGUGAAGCUGAUUGGCUAUUGCUUAGAGGAUGAACACCGACUAUUGGUAUAUGAAUUUAUGCCUCGAGGCAGUUUGGAAAAUCAUUUAUUUAGAAGAGGUUCUUAUUUCCAUCCACUUUCUUGGAACCUCCGAAUGAAGGUCGCUCUUGGUGCUGCAAAGGGGCUUGCAUUUCUUCAUAGUGCUGAAACGAAAGUGAUAUAUAGGGACUUCAAGACUUCUAACAUUCUGCUUGAUUCGAAAUACAAUGCAAAACUUUCUGAUUUUGGGCUGGCCAAAGAUGGGCCGACUGGUGACAAGAGUCAUGUAUCUACCAGGGUUAUGGGGACCUAUGGUUAUGCUGCUCCAGAAUAUCUAGCUACAGGGCAUCUAACUGCCAAGAGUGAUGUCUAUAGCUUUGGAGUUGUUUUGCUAGAAAUGUUAUCUGGAAGGAGAGCAGUUGAUAAAAAUCGCCCAUCUGGAGAGCACAAUCUUGUCGAAUGGGCUAAACCCUAUCUAGCAAACAAACGCAAGAUCUUUCGCAUCCUAGAUAAUCGUCUUGAAGGUCAGUAUUCAAUGGAUGUUGCCUAUAAGGUCUCUACCCUUGCACUACGUUGCCUAUCCGUAGACACCAAGUUUCGACCAACUAUGGAUGAGGUUGUGACAGCAUUGGUGCAGCUCCAGGAUUCCAAAGAAACUGGUACUGCCAAUGGCCAUGUAGGCAACAAGCACCGAAUACGUAGACGAAGUGCCAAUGAUGCAACUGGUGGAGGGAGUACUGCUGCAUAUCCUCGGCCCUCUGCAUCCCCGCUUUAUGCAUGAAAUAGAAUCAUGGAACUUGACUACAGCUGUAUCUUUUCAUUUCUUAUUACAGUGCUGGCAGUUUUGCAACUCACAUGGUGACCUUGGCACCAGUUCACGUAUAUUCAUCCAAUGAUUGUAUAGUUUCUUGUUUUGGCUAAUGUAUUCAAAGUCCUGCUGACAAAUUUCCAGGUCGGCCUGGAAGAGGACUGCUUUCGAUGAUGCUUGUCUUUUAGAUUGCAGCACUUGGAAACGGCUUCGGAGUUGAGAAUCAGAGAGAGGCAAGAGCUUUGGGACCAUAUAUAGUUAGCUCCUGUUUCCUUAUCCCAGCCUGGCUUGUUGUGCUUGUGUAUUUAAUGUUAGUAUUCCUUUUUUUCCCUUUCCAUAUGGAUCUGUCAACAAUACCUUUAGAUGUGUUGCAGUCAGUCGUUUGAUUUUUUAUUUUUAUUUUAAAGAAAACAGAGAAGCUAAGAUAUGUUUAAUGUUCGGUGGAUCACUUCA